ACUUCCGGUUCACUGUAGUCAGGACUCUAUUUCCAAAGCUGCAUCUCAUGGCAAAAGUGGAACAUGCCGUUAAUUGUGAUGUGUGGUUUCCCCAGUAGUGGCAAAAGCCGUAGAACGAAGGAAUUAAAGGAAUAUUUUCUAAGAUGUACCGAAAGAAAGGUGAUUGUAGUUGGGGACGAAACUGUGGGAAUGGCCAAGAACACCGCAUAUGCAGACUCCCAAAUGGAAAAAAGUCUGAGGGCGUCUUUAAGAGCUGAAGUAGAGAGGACGGUCAAUAAAGAUGAUGUCAUCAUCUUGGAUUCCAUGAAUUACAUUAAAGGUUACAGAUAUGAGCUGUUCUGCCUUAUCAAACAUGCUCAAACACCUCAUUGUCUGGUUUACUGUCUGACAUCACCGGAGAUUAGUGCCCAGUGGAACGCGAGCAGAGGCCCUGAGGAGCGGUAUGCCCAGGAAAUCUUGGAUGCCCUCGUGAUGAGGUUCGAGGCCCCAGACUCUCGGAACCGCUGGGACAGCCCCCUUUUCACGGUCCAGCAUGACGACAGCCUGCCGUUUGAAGCCAUUUCAGAUGCAAUCUUCCAUAGGAAGGCCCCGCCCCCAAAUCAGUCGACACAGAGUCAACCUCUGUCUUCCACAAACUUCUUGCAUGAGUUGGACAAAGUUACUCAAGACAUACUGACGGCUAUCCUAAACGCACAGAAGACAUCGGUCCCUGGAGAUGUGAUCGCAGUGCCUGCAGCUUCUGAAAAGGUGCAGACAACCCGGAGUCUCGGCAUGGCAGAGCUGCGCAAGCUGCGGCGCCAGUUCAUCAGCUACUCCAAGAUGCAUCCGACUGAAGACAAGGGCCUGAUCGCCAACAUGUUUGUGCAGUACCUGAACAAAAGCACGUGCUGACGCCUCUCUCCCAGCGGGCCUCCUUUUUAAGGCAGUUUUAAUGCUCCUUUUCAUUUACUGCCACUUCCCUUAGUUUUACUGCCGUAUCCACAUACGGUCUCCCUUAAAGGAUCAGUCUCUAUUGGUCAUGGAGUUUUCCUUAUGCUGCAUCUAGAUUUUUGGCAAUUUUAUAAGUUACUUUGAUACAAUUACUGAUAAUUGUUAAAUGGCACAAAUUUGCAUAAUCACAUUUGCCAACUUUUGUGUCAGGUAUUUAUUUUAUUAGAUAAAUUAUUAUUUUUUUUACUAUUAUAAAUUGCCCUAUUGCCUGAAUUGUAAAGUAUUAAAAGGUUGUUUGGAAUCUA